AUGACAUUCGAACUUCCAAAGACAAUGAAGGCCUUCGCUAUGAGAAAGAUCGGCGAAGUCGGCUGGAUCGAGAAGCCAGUCCCAGAAUGCGGUCCAAAUGAUGCUAUCUGCCGCCCACUUGCUCUUGCUCCAUGCACAUCCGAUAUCCACACAGUUUGGGCUGGUGCUAUCGGUGAACGCCACGACAUGAUUCUUGGUCACGAAGCUGUUGGCCAGGUUGUCAAGAUUGGUUCUGAAGUCAAGAACUUAAAGGUUGGUGACAAGGUCCUUGUCCCAGCUGUUACACCAGAUUGGGGUAGCGAAGCUGCUCAGGAAGGCUUCCCAGCACACUCCGGUGGCAUGCUCGGUGGCUGGAAGUUCUCCAACUUCAAGGAUGGUGUUUUCGCUGAAUACUUCCAUGUUAACGAGGCUGAUGCUAACCUUGCUAAGCUCCCAGAAGGCCUUACACCACGUGAUGUUAUCAUGUGCUCUGAUAUGAUGACAACUGGUUUCCACGGCGCUGAACUCGCUGAAGUUAAGCUCGGCGAUAUCGUUGUUGUCAUCGGCAUUGGCCCAGUCGGUCUCAUGUCCGUUCGCGGUGCUGCUCUCAUGGGUGCAUCAAGAAUCUUCGCUGUUGGCUCUCGCCCACACUGCUGCGACACUGCUGUCCAAUACGGUGCUACAGAUAUCAUCAACUACAAGAACGGUGACAUCGUUGAACAGAUCUUAAAGGCUACAGGCGGAAAGGGUGUUGACCGUGUUAUCAUCGCUGGUGGUGAUGUCCACACAUUCGCCCAGGCUAUCAAGAUGAUCAGAGCUGGUGGUGUCAUCGGUAACGUUAACUACCUCGGUGAAGGCGAAAUGAUCGAUGUCCCACGUGUUGAAUGGGGUGUUGGUAUGGGCCACAAGUUCAUCCAUGGUGGUCUCACACCAGGUGGUGCCCUCCGUAUGGAGAAGAUGGCUAACCUCAUCAAGUACAAGAAGGUUGACCCAACAAAGCUCAUCACCCACGAAUUCAAGGGUCUCGAGAAGGUUGAGGAUGCUCUCAUGCUCAUGAAGGACAAGCCAGUCGAUCUCAUCAAGCCAGUCGUCCUCAUCGAAUACAACGACAAGCUUUAA